CGGGUUCCUGUCGAAACCAAGCGCAGGAUCGCGAUGAGUCGAGAAGGAGAGGUUAUGAAACUGGGUAACGGAGUUGUGCCAUGUUGGCUCCUGCUGCAUUGUGUUUUAUUAUGACAUGUUCAGCUUUGCAUCCGAAUGGCUCCAGUUUCGCCUCUCUGCUUUGUGCUGUGCGAGCUCAAUGAGAUUUGUAUUCAAAGGGUGGUGGUCGUGCUGCGGGUCACACUGCGUUUUGUUUUGAUUUAUUAACGGAUUGGACUGUUUAUUUAUCUAUUUUUUUUUAUCGGAGUGGUUUUAGUUGUUAUAGUGACUGUUUAGAUAUGAAACGGAAGGCUUGAAGUCGACAAAAGGAAGAGAUAAUAACACAACGACUUACACCGACUGCAGAAAGAGGAGAGAGUGAGAGCGGAUCAGCCUCACUCAAAGGAAGUUUCUGAGAUGGAAGCAGCUCACAUCAGCCCAGAGCUUCCUAUUCGAUGGGUUGUUUCUGCAGACAGGACUGUUGAGAUCAAGGAGGAAGUGACUGAGCUGGGGUGUGACCAGGCCAAUGAGCGGAUCCUGCAGGAGGAAACGCCACCUUCUAGUAUCGCUGGGAGAGAUCCCAAAGAGAGCCGUGCUGUCCCUGAAUCUGAAGCACAGGAGGGGCCAAGGAUAGAAGCAGUUUACAAACAAGAGGAGUCAUUUGACCAAGAGUGGUGUGCAAGUCUAAAGCAGGUUACAGAGCUGACAUGUGUUAAAGAUGAAGAGGUCCCUCGACUGGAAUGUGUUCCUAUUAAAGAGGAAUUCAUAGAACAGGAAUGUGUCCCCAUCGCAGAGGAAGUUCCUACUGAAAAUAAUGUCUGUACACUUGAGGAGAACAACAAGCUGGGAUCCAGCCUGUGUGAUGAUUGUCCACCUGCACGUGAACUGGGAUUUAAAGCUGCUAAAGGGAAUCGCACAGGAGGGACUCUGUUUCCCUGUGCUGAUUGUGGGAAGCAUUUCAGUCAUUUAUCACAUCUUAAAAUCCACCAGCGCAGUCACACAGGAGAGAAACCGCAUCACUGCACUGAGUGUGGGAGGAGUUUCACGCAGUUACAAAAUCUUAAACAACACCAACGUAUUCACACAGGAGAGAAACCUUAUUACUGCACUGAGUGUCGGAAGAGAUACAGUCGUUUAUCAAACCUUAAAAUCCACCAGCGUGUUCACAGAGGAGAGAAACCUUAUCACUGCACUGAGUGUGGGAAUAGUUUCACGCGAUUAGAACGUCUUCAAUCACACCAGCGCAUUCACACAGGAGAGAAACCUUAUCACUGCUCUGAGUGUGGGAAGAGUUUCACGCGAUUAGGAAGUCUUCAAUCACACCAGCGCAUUCACACAGGAGAGAAACCUUAUCACUGCACUGUAUGUGGGAAGAGAUUCACACAGUUAGGAAAUCUUCAAUCACACCAGCGCACUCAUACUGGAGAGAAACCUUAUCACUGUACUGAAUGUGGGAAGAGUUUCACAAAUUAUAGGUCCUUGAAAGUCCACCAACAGACUCAUAAGAAAGGAAUCUUAUCAAUGUAGUGAAUGUCUGAAGCAUUUCAGUCACUUGUAAUACACCAUCAAAUUCACACAAGAGUGAAGCCCUAUCCCUACACUGAAGAGAAUUCACAGAAUUUCAACCACUUGAGGACACCUAAACACCAGGAGUAAAUCUGCCAAAAAUAAAAAAAAAAUUAUUGAAAACAAAAGAAUAAACUUGCUUGAUAAAUAGUGUUACUCCUAAUCACUUCAGAUCAAAAACUUACACUCAAGGAUGGAACAUAUGAACUACUGCAUCUUGUUUGGAGCAUUCAUCAUUGCGUUGGCCAUUAGGAUUUUGUUAGAUCACAUUAGAAAUCUAUGAAAUAGAUUGUAAUUGCAUCUGCAAGAUUCCACUUCUUCUCUGUUAGUUUGAACAUUAGGAUUAUUAUAUGUAACUCAAUCACUAGUGACCAAGUCUCCAGAACUUUCGAGUCAGUUCUGAAUUUCAUAACUCAAACAAACAUGGUUUUGUUGUUGACAGGCUCUGACUGCAAUAUAAUCCCUCCCAAUAUACAGUUUCACAAUCGAAAUCAGAAAAGUGAUUUUUGUCAGUAACCUGAGAAUUAAUGACAAGGGUGCACACCUUGAAAAUGCCCCCUUUUGGAAUUAUAAUUCAAAUAAUGAAAGUGUUUUAUUAUAGAUCACAUCUAGGGGGACACACAAAGGGGCACCAUCUUAAAAUGUAGAGUACAACUCACUGAACAAACCAUCCCCGUAUUCUGCUUUACAAAAAAUCAUUUAAAAAAAUUACUCCAAAAACUGAAAUAUUACCUUCAUAUGUUGUGUUUUCCUCCUAUGAAAUAAAUCCAAAAUAAACAGAAAAAAACUUCUUGAAAAGCCUUGAACACAAUAUACCCUCCUUUUUAAAUGCAGGAAAGGCUGUGUUGCACUGCAGUUGUUUUCACGGUGUGUUGCCUGUUCCCUUCAUGCAUUUUCAUUAAAAUGCUGCAAGAGAAACUCUAAAUAACCAGAUUAAUAAAUAUACCAAGGACCUGAAUUUAGUGUGCUGGAGGUGUUGUUGAAAUAUUUUAGAUUUAAAUAAAUGUUGAUUGUGUAAGCUUAGAAUUAAAAAUGUAUUGGUUCUAAUUGACAUGAAUUCAGCAGAUGCCCUGGAAUGUAUCAUAAGUCAUAACAUUGGGUCUUGUGUGUAAAAGGAGGUAGAUAGAUGUGUUUGAAUUAUGUGACACUUGGCUUGUAAGGUGGAGAGAUAGGCAAUGCAUUACUGGCUGAUUUCCAGGAGAUUGUAAAGUAGAUAGUGAGGAGGUAUAGGGGAGCAGAGUGAAGCAAUUCAAAUGCGUUUCUUUUUUAAAGAGCUGAGAUAGGAGAAAAUGGGGGGGGGGUAUGGUUUUGGGUGUAACUGUUAUGUGCUAUCUGCAUGUAGACUUGAAAUGUGGUUGCAAAGUUGGCAUAUAUAUUGUGUAUGUUGCUGUUACUCUGGUCUCAGACAUACCAUCUUGCAGACGCCAAUACAUCUCUCAUGCCAGAGAAGCACUCAGAAACUAAACUUAUACUCUGAAUAAGAUCUACUCUGCAGCCACUGAAGAGACUUUUCUGUUAUCUGCUGUUUCCACAAUAAAGACUUUGAUAGUUUUGACAAUCUUUGCCCAGACUAUUUUUAUUGUAAAGACAAACCUUACAAUUGCAUGUUCUCAAAGGAACAAUUAUACUGUUUGGGGGCACAGUGGU